UAUUGGCAUAUAGAAGUACUUGCUUAUAGUCUUAACUUGGAUAUCGACAAAAUGACUCAAGGAAGAACACAAUCUACCCUACAAACAGGACCACUCGUAACCUGUAUGAAGACAUUGUUAAUGGUGUUUAAUUUUAUUUUUUGGGUAACUGGUAUAGUACUAUUAGCUGUUGGUAUCAAGACUAAAAUAGAUUGGUAUAAAUAUCUAGAAUUGUCUAGUGUAUAUCAUCCAGAAACACCCUAUGUUUUAAUAGGAGUGGGAGCUGUUAUUGUUCUCAUUGGCUCACUAGGAUGUUGUUGUACUGUCAAAGGUCAUGCCUUCCUUCUGUUCAUGUAUUGUGGAUUCCUAGCUCUGAUAUUUAUUGUUGAACUGAGUGCUGGUAUUGCUUUGUUAAUCUAUAGAAACAAGCUGGAGAAAGGCUUUAAAGAAGGAUUAAAUAAUGCUAUAGAAAUCUAUGGUGAAGAUGGGAAAGAUGAAUACACCAACUCCUUUAAUGAUAUGCAGAAAACUUUGAAAUGUUGUGGUAUUGUAAGUUAUGAAGAUUGGUAUAAAACACCUUGGGAGAAGAAACAGAAAGUACCUAACUCUGUACCACUGUCAUGUUGUAAAGUGGAUGACAAGUCAUGUAAAAAUACAGGAUUACUGGCCUCUAAUUCUUCAACAUCAGAUAUCUAUACUAGGGGUUGUCAUAAACUAGUAGUAGAUUUUAUUGAUGGUAAUCUUGGACCUAUUGGAGGUGUGGCUUUAGGAAUCUCAUUCUUUCAGAUUUUGGGUGCUAUAUUAGCCUGUUUCUUAGCCAAGUCAAUUAAUAAAGCUAAGUAUGAACAGGUUGCCUAGAAUACCAGUAGAGGCUUACCACCUUAUAACUUAUUUUAUGGUCACAAAUUGAGAAGAUCUAAAAACCAUUUUUUUUCCUUUUGCUUUUUUGAUUGUUUUUCUUAGUCUUUUUGGACAAUUCUGGUGCUUAAAAUUUAUUUUAUUUACAAUUUAUGAAGCAAGAAAUCUAACUUAUUAACAAAAUUUAAAACAACUUGCAAGUAAUUUUGAUUGCUUUUGUCAUUUUUUUAUGGUUAGAACUACUUAAAUCAAUUCCAUUUUUUGAAAAUAUUUACAAAAACAACAAAAUGUUUGAAUAUAAUCCUCAGCAUAGAAGUUGCAGUUCUGUUUCUUACAUAACAAGUAGGUUUAGCUUUACCACUUGGUCUUACUUGACCCCUAUUGCCAUGACUAUAAUUUUAAUAAAAUAGGGUACUUAAAUUUUCUUAAGCUGAAGAAUUGAAAAUAUUUAUGCUAGAGUUUAAAGCUUUGUUUAUUUUGUAUUAUUUUGAUAAUUAUUCUGUGUUGUGAAUAUAUUAAAGCAUAAUUUGUCAAGUUUUGCCUACUUGUAUAUUACUUUACUUGUCUUUCAUUCCAAUGUUUAAUUAUGAAUUUAAUUGAAUACAUCAGUUAUACACAAAAUUGCAUGUUAAUAAAUGUUCUCUACUUAUAAAAUUCCCAAAUUACAGUUUGGCUCUUUAAUUAUCUAUAUUCAGAUUUUUGGAGGAAGAUAUUAGAUAAUGCACCUACUUGCAAAAGCAUAAUUUUCAAGUUUUCCAGCUAUAUUGCACCGUUUACUAUAUAAACUAUAUUUAAUUUUUUAUAGCAUACUACUAAAUUAACUGUAUGAAAUUUAAAAUAGUUGAUGUUUAAUUCUAUCUUUUUCUUUCAAAUUAUCUUGACAAUAAAUAUAUAUAUCAAUGUU